AGGUCGCAUCUAAUCAAACAUGUUGCUGGUGCUGGCAAUCGUUUUAGUACUUCUACUGAUUCUGCUAGUGGACAGCACCCGAAAGCACCAUGUGGGCAAAUUUGCCAGAUCGUUGGAAUCGGUUAGCCCCAGCUAUCCACUGUUGGGAAUCGCCACCGUUUUCCUGGGACACAGUGAAGAACGUAGAUUCGAAAAUUUCAUGAACAUCCUCCGUCAAGUGGAUCGUCUCGGCAAGGGCUGGCUCGGGCCGCAGCUGAUUCUCUACGUGGCCCAUCCGGAGCUGGUGCAAAAGGUGCUCACGGAUCCGAACUGCUGCGAGAAACCAUUUUUCUACGAAUUCUCCAAGCUGACUCACGGAUUGUUUUCGGCGAAAUAUUCCGUUUGGAAACCCAACCGGAAGGCGUUGAACCCGACGAUGAAUGUGAAAAUUUUGAACAGUUUUGUGCCGAUAUUUGAGCGGUUUUCCAGGAGGAUGGUGGAGAAGUUGAAAUGCCACCCGGAAGGAACAUCGGUCGAUAUUUUGGAUUUUACCGCAGAAUGUGCUCUGGAAAUGGUUUGUGGCACUACACUUGGAACGGAUUUGAAGAAAGACAGUGGCAAAGGGGAAUUUCUGCGGAGCAUGCACGUGUUCAUCAGUAGAGUAGCUACCAGAACGUUAAGUGUGAGCCUGUAUAAUGAAACUUACUAUCGGCUAACCAAAGCAUUCCGCGAGGAAGAAAAUGCCCGAAAUAACUGUUUAGAUUUUGCACAACGUAUCAUCAAGGAAAGACGUCAAGUGCUAGAAACUGAACCGCAAACUAGUAAUCCCGAUGCAAAUGACGACGACGAUGGCUACCAAAUUCGCCGGCCAAAACUGUUCAUCGACCAGGUACUAGGUGAUAAUCACUCUGAAAAUGAGAUUUCAACUCAAAACUUGAGUGAACAAAUCCUUACCAUCAUGGGUGCGGGUUACGACACAUCCGCCAACAUGGUCGCCCACAGUUGUCUCUUCCUGGCCAUGUUCCCAGAACUUCAGGAAAAAGUAGCCCAGGAAAUUGAAACCGUGCUGCCGGACAGCGAACAGGAGCUAACAGCCGAAACUCUCAAAAAUCUUCCAUAUUUGGACAAAUUCUUCAAGGAGUGCCUUCGACUGGCCCCGGUAGGAUCGACCAUAGCCCGGGUCAACAUGACCGACAUCGAGCUGGACGGGUGCCGCAUUCCGAAGGGAAACAUCUUCGUCUUCAACUUCUUCGCCCUGCAUCGUCGGAAGGACAUUUGGGGGCCGGACGCGGAGCAAUUCGAUCCGGAGAAUUUCGCACCGGAACGCUCGAGGGGACGACAUCCGUUUGCGUUUUUACCUUUCAGUGGGGGUUCGAGGAACUGCAUCGGAGCCCGGUACGCCAUGAUAAGCAAUAAAAUAAUGCUCAUCCAUUUGGUGAGAAACUUUCGGAUGAGCACGCGAAUCCAGUUCGAGGAUUUAAAGUUUCGCAUCAAUGUUACGCUGAAUCUGGCAUUCAAGCAUUUGAUAACUCUGGAAGCACGACGAUGAAGUAAGACGGUGAUGACAUUUUCUUGGAGAUUGUUGUGCAUUGAGUGUGCUCGGCGGGACAUAAUUUCCUCCGCAGAGAAAGGCUGUGGUCAUGUAAUACCUAAAGAGGGAACGGGGUGGGGUGGAAUGUAAAAAGGAUGAAAUAAAGGUCACCGUUUCAUAUUCUAUUACCAAAUAGGAAACUUCCCUGUCUCUGUAAACAAUGUGGUGUUGUAA